AUGGAAAACAUUGUUAUAAAAAUUGACAACAAAGAAUUCAAUCAAAAGCUUAAUGUCGACCUAAAAUUAUCAAAAGUUCAUAUAUUUAUCUUGGAAAAUGAAGAAAUUCGAAUUUUAUCAAAGAUUCUUGUUGGUAAUGAAUUAUUUAUUACAACAUUCGAAAAUAAUGAGCCUACUGGUGUUUCAUUUCGAAUUGAAGAAAAUGUGUAUUUUGAGAAGUUGCCUUUAAAUAUGAAAUUGGAUGAAGUUAGAUCAUUUGUUUUAAAUGAACGUUUAGCUGAUGAUAAUUAUUAUAAUUAUUCAUUCGAAAAUUCAACUUAUGGUGAAAUAGGAGUAGAUAAAGAAUAUAAAUAUACUUUGGAGGAAAUAAUUAUAAAAAAAGAAAAAGAUAUUAAUUUUAUAAAUUUAAGCAAAAAAAACAAACCUAAUUGGUCAAAGUUAACUAAAUCUUGUGGGUUUGGAUUUAAUAUAACAGAUGAGGGAACUAAAAAGGCUCCUAGAAAAGCAAUUACAAUUAUAGAUCCCAAAUUUGAAGAAUAUGAUAAUCCAAAAAGGACUGAGCUCAUUAAUGAAUGUAAUAAUAUACAGGAAAAUUUAUAUGAACGUAAUAUAGCUUUAGUCAGCAAUGUAUUCUUACCAUGGCUAUCAUCUUGUAUUGGUUUAAAAAGUUCAAUUGAAGUUGAAAAGAAACUGGACACAGCUACUUCAUAUUCAAUUGAAGCAUCAGAAUAUGCAUCAAUUGAAUUUACAAAAUCAAAUUAUUAUUUAAACCCUGAAUUUGAAAAAGAUGUUAAAUCUGCAGUUGAUCCAAAAUUAUCAUUAAAAGAAAAACAUAAGAAACUUAAGGAAAUCAUUGAAAAUUAUGGUCAAUUUAUAUCUGAAAAAAUCAUUUUUGGUGGUAAAAUGAUAAAACAACGUACAAGUGAAGCAAAUCAAGUUGGAGAAUCAUUUUCAAAUACAAAAAGUGUUGAAUCAAAUAUAAGUCACCCAGGAAUUGUUGGUGCUGGUGUAUCUGCAAGUAAAACAAAAUUAGUAAAUGAUAUUACAAGAUCAAAUAAAACUAUAUCAUAUCAACGUAUAAUAGGAGGAAAUGGAGCUCUUUUAGAUGAUUGGUAUGAAUCUCUUCGCAAUCCUGAUAAGUGGGAUAUAAUUGAAUAUAAAAAUAUUGUACCUAUAUUUGAAAUAUUACCAGAUGAUUUAAAAAACCAAGUAUUAAAAAUCUUUGGCCAAAAAAUACUUGAUGGUAGAAUUGAAUAUAUUGGGGAAAAAAGUCCUGUAAUUGUAAUUCACAAAAUUAAUGAAGAUAAACCAAAAGGUAAACAUAUCUUAAAAAUUAGUUAUAUAAUUGUUGGAUAUAGUUUUAGAUUUAAACCUGGGUUAGAUAUUAGAUUUAUUGGUGAAGAAAAGCAAAUUAAACAUUGUAAUAAUAGAUUUAUUGCAGAAAUUGAAAGACCAACAAAUGAAGUACCAGUAAUUGGAUCUUGUGUGAUUAAAUCAUAUCAUAAACAAACCAAUCCAGUGGAUUCAAAAAUUAUUAGUUUACACUUUCAUCCAUCAGAUAAAAAAGUCUGUAUUCACACUUAUGACCUUAAUACCAAAAAAAUAAUUGAACCUUCCAUAAAUGCCUUAAAUGAUUAUUAUGUUCAUUAUAGUACUUUUGAAUGUUCAGGAUCUGAUGAACUUUAUGGUAUAACAAAACUUACUUUCACCAAUGAUAAAAAAAUUUUUAACAAUGAUAAAAACUCUCUGUGGAUAAAAUAUGACAACUGUACACAAAACCAAUCAAUUUUUAUGAAUCUACUAUUUGAUUGUGCUAAUAAUCAACCAGGAGUAAAACCAGUAAAACCAAUAGUAAAUGUAGUAUUUAAACCUGAUGUUAUAUUUUCAGCACCUUGUGAAAAAACUUGUAUUUCAAAUAAUGACGAUUUGAGCUUUUUAAAAUUAUUAAUUGAUAACGAAAAACAAUCCACAGGUGCUCCAAAGUAA